AUGUCAAACUCAAAGAAACGAGCCGCCGAAGAGGCGGCACCAGUGAAAAAAGCCAAGAAGAGAAAGGCAAAGCACGCCGUCGACGACGACAGCCUCGAUACUGAGCUCGGCGUCAACACUCUGUUUUCUAAGAUGGACGGCCAGCUGCUGGCGGACUAUCACGCACAGAAACUCGCGAGAUUCGGCACGGAUCUGAGCCCCGUAGAGCUUUCAGAUCUGGCCUUGUCAGGUGUCUACUGGAAUGGUUCAAUGCUGAUAUCAGGAUUUCUUGAUGUUGCAGCAUCUUCCAUAACAGACACCACUUCCUGGCAGGAAACCAGGUCGCUGGAAAAGCUGCCUGACUUCCUUGAGAAGUUCUCAGAGCACCCCGAGAGCUUGUCACGGCCGCAGAAGAAGAACGGCAUGCCUCAUACCAUUAUUGUUGCCGGCGCUGGUUUGAGAGCUGCAGAUCUGACAAGAGCUGUACGGAAAUUCUCAGGAAAAGACAAUCUGGUCGCCAAGCUGUUUGCGAAACACAUGAAAGUCGAAGAACAAGUUAAGCUACUGCAGAACAAGAAGAUUGGCAUCGGUGUCGGCACGCCAGCACGUCUGAUGGAGCUCAUUGACAACGGUUCAUUGUCCCUGGACAAGCUGCAGCGCCUGGUUGUUGAUGCCUCCCACAUCGACCAGAAGAAGAGAGGCAUCAUGGACAUGAAGGACACCAUGAUGCCGCUUGCAAAAUUCCUUGCGAGGAAGGAAUUCAAGGAUCGAUAUGCCGAUGAGAAGAAGCCGCUGGCGUUGCUUUUCUAUUGA